AUGGAGGGGCCACGGCUUCCUCCUUCCGGCACCUUCCAUGAAUCGGACGAUGACAAAUCCGACGAUCCCCCUUCCGCCUGGCACCGUCCAACCUCGAGUCUCUCGGCAUUGCCCUCUCAAGAUCCUCCACCACACCAUUGGCGUAAUCAUUCUCUAAAUCUCUCUCCAAUCCUGGACACACCUUCCCGGUCUCUCCCUCCUCCCCAUUCAAUCCCUGAGCUAGAGACUUACGUUGUCCAGGUACCGAGAGAUCAAGUCUAUUGGACUCCUCCUCCUGAGCAUGCAAAAUACGUCGAGAAACUCCGUAAUAACCCGGACAAAAACAAAAAGAAUGGCUGUUCUAAACGUCUUAUGUGGUUCUUUAUCAUCUUGAUCGUUUUUGGGUUCAUCCUUGGUGCAAUCACCCUUAUCCUUCAUCUCGUUUUCAGCCCCACUCUUCCAGUUUUCGCAGUGGAGAGAUUAACUGUAAAACCUAGUUAUUUCGAGGUCACGUUAAGAGCUGAGAAUCCAACGUCUAACAUGGGGGUAAGCUAUAUGAUGAAAAAUAACGGUGUGGUUUCGUUGACCUACAAGAACAAGAACAUAGGACGCGGGAAAUUCCCAAAGAUUUCCCUAGCCGCGUCUGGAUCCGACAACGUCAAUGUAAAGCUCAAUGGGUCGACCAAGAACGCCGUUAUGCCACCUAGGGGAACGAAACAACCGGUGAGUUUGGUGCUGAUUAUGGAGCUAAAGGCGGAUUAUGAAGCAGGACCAGUGAAAAAGAACAAAGAAUUGGUGGUGACUUGCGAUGUUAAGGUUAAGGGAUUGUUAGAUGCCAAGAAGGUCGAGAUUGUGUCGGAGAAUUGUGAGAGUGAGUUCAAGAACUGA